GUCAAGCAUCACGUGCUGAUCACUGCUACACUUCACCGCUGGAUACCAACUUGUUUUCUUCUUUCCCGCUUCUGAUAAAGGGUCAUCCAUCUGUUUCCUUUUCCACAGGCGCUGUAUGACCCGAGAAUAAAAUAAAGCACAGUCUCUGGAGUCCAUUCACAACGGGAUUUUUGAAGGAGAAUGGCACUGAAAUUGGAAAAAAAACGAAUCAAGAAAGAAAUUGAAAAAUUAUUGAGAAAUUACAUUGGUAUCAGAAUUUAUGAAAAUAACUUCGAUCCCAAGGGAAAAAUGGAGUCAACCUACUUCACUGAUCUGGCACAUUAUGACCUGGCUAUCAAUGUUGCUUUGCUUUGGUUAACUGAUGGGGAAGACAGAGAAGACCUUGAAAAUGAAAAAGUGACUAUAUCAAGCCGUGUUCUUUCUAAAUACCCAAAUAAACUGGAAAGAGAAGCAAUGAUCCUUUCUUCUUUCGCUGGAAUUUUAAUGAACAGUUUGCCUGUAGAAGACAUUCUUGAACUUUACAGAUUUAGACCCUCAAGUUUUCCAUUCUGUAAGAGAAUGAAGGGACAUGUUCAACCAUCUGGUUUGUCCAUGCAUCCUUUUGCAAUGCUGACCGCAGCCUGUGCAGCAGAACAUGCUAAAAGAUUGAGUAUAAACCUGAAAGUUAGGAAAACUACCUCGAAGCAGAACUGUCUGAGCCUUCCUACCACAAGUCGAGCAGCUGGCCAGCCUCAGGACAAUUAUAGUGGGAUUCAAGAGAAUUCUGUAUGUACAGUCAAUACAGACAUUUAAGGAAUAGUAAGUAGUGUGGGUGAGAGGAAUAGCAAUUAUUAUUAAAAGAAUAGACGCCAAUUUUUGGGUGAAUGAAUAUCAGUUGCUAAUAGCUUGGAAGAACUCUGCUGAAAACAAAAUCAAUUGCUUUGUUAUUGAAGAUAUUGUGCAAGGUAGGUUGGCACGAAAGUUUGUUAUAAAUUGGACUCAAAAUAUUUGAAACCCCAGUCAAGCAUAUUUUCAGGGUUGUGCAGACAUGCAUUGUUGCUCUUUAGACUGGAGACUUUAGAAUCGUUAAAACUUAAGCACAGGAGGAGAUAAUUUUUUUCUAUCACGUCCAUGCUGCCCAAAAAUAGAGUCUAGGAAAAUUCAUUUCCCAGUUCUUGGUCCAUAGUUCUGUUAAUUAUGGCUUUCAAAAUGGUCAUGCAGUAUUCUUCAUACAUGCUGAGGUUUUCUCCCUCCAACACUGUUCAUAUUAGUGACGUCUAUGUCUCAACUGUGUGUAGUUUAAAAUUCCCUCUAAACCUUCUACCAAAUAACUAAAAUAUUAUUCCUCAGUUAUUGUCCUCACAGCAGGACAGAUCCAUCUUAUUUAAUCAGCUGCAGAUAAUUUGAUACUCACAUUUUCAAUCACAAAACAAAAUUGAUUUGCAUUAGAGAUUGUCAUUCAAAGCUUCCCCUUUGUAAUAGACUAUAUUUCUGUAAUUAAGGAUGUUUAAAUGGAUCAGUUUAACAAUGUAGAUUUAUUUGGUGAUCAUUAGGUAAUCAGCAAUAUGCUGCAUUUAUUGAAACAAGUUGAUUGGUAGCUUGACUCACAAACUUGAAAAAUAUUACUAAUUCAAGAAACUUGAUAAUUCCAAUGUACUUGGGUGUAUUUCAGUUAAUGGCUUCAUGAUCCAGAGCAUAGGGGCAAUAUUGACUGAUCAGCGUUAUUGAUGUUUGAAACCUGAUUUUGGAAAAUUAAGUAAAGCAUGAAUGGAAACAUAGAAUGGGACAUUCCCACUGGAUGUGAAUUUAUGUACAAAUGAACACUGCACAAAUACUUUUAUACAGUAUGAUUAAGAGUGUUACUGUUGUAAUGUGAGCAUUAUUAAAAGUAAGUUAAUACUGUUACGUACCCCGUAACUGGGUUGCCAAACCAGCAGAAAUGGAUCACUCAGUUGGAGUCUGGAGUACUAGAACUAAGAAAGUUUUAUUAAAGAAACAAGCAACACAGUAAUCGAAAGGAUAAUAAAUGCAACAGUUCAGCAAUGAUAAACACACAUGUGCACAGAAUUAAGAUAACACCAUCAAUCAAGCUCUAUCGUUGUCUAGGGGUAAAUGACCAAAUUUCAAAAUGACUCAAAGUUCAGUCCAGUUCAGUUCGCAGUAAUCGUUGUCAUGGCGAUGGACAACGUGGGGGAAGAGAGACAGAGAGAACAGGAACAACUGAUCAUUCAGAACACUGCUUCACUCACAGACCAGCGAGAUGGCUCACAAACAGCAUUUGGGCGGGUCCUUGGUGAUGUCACCUGAGGUCACCGACUGUGACCCCUCCUCCAGAUGCGGUCGAUCCUCUGCAGUGAACCCGGCACCCAGGCAAGGGCGGACACACACCGGGUUCCCGCUGAUCGUACCUUUCCACCCCGGGCGUUGUCUGGUACUUCUCACCCACUCGUGAGAGGCGCACCACUUCCAGGGUCUCGUUACCUCGGGUGGCGUGUGUCCUGCCUUAGCGAACCGGUCCCUUUUUAUCCCCCUGCUGGGGUAUCGCCUGUCCAUCACUUCAAACAGUUCAAGGUUCAAAGGGGGGAGCCGCUCCAGACAGCUCUCUCUCUCCCCCGUUCCUUCAUUACACAUCUCCAGACGCUGCUCCAUUGUUCCUUAUCUCUCCUUCCCCUGAGGGCAAGUGGCAGACCAACUGCUGAUGCCACUGAUGCUAGCCCAGGCCAGCAAACAUCUUAAUUUUAUGUGUAUUCUCGUAACAAUACUAAUUAGGAUAAUGGGGGGGCGGUUUACUUCCGUUCUGUUUACUUCCAGUGUGCUCUGUAUAUAGUGUGCCUGCCAUGCCGUACGGGUUGUGAAAGCCUCUGUAUAUACAUAAUGGUUUUGAAAUUUGAGAUAAACUUGUUUCUUUGGGUAUGAAGUUGUCGAGUGUGCCUUUUUCAAAGUAGAAGUUGCUACAUAUUUUUGGCGACGAGGUGAACUGGUUUUGUGAAUGUAUCAGCACGUUUUUCGAACGGGAGCUUUGCGUUUCAG